AUGCUCAAUAAUUCAUUUCUAGAAAACGCGAAGAAUUCUUCGUCGCAAAGUAUUGACGAAAGUAUGGUAAAAUUCAAAGGGAGAUCUUCUUUGAAACAAUACAUGCCACUCAAACCAAUAAAACGUGGUUACAAAGUUUGGUGCCGUAAUGAUAGUCAAACCGGAUAUUUAUACGAGUUUGAGAUAUACACGGGCAAGACAGCAGAGGGGGUAGAAAAAGGCUUAGGCGCUGACGUGGUAAAAAGAUUGACAAGCAAACUAAUGCAAGAAGAAUUUAUCAAACAUGUCGCAUUUGAUAAUUAUUUUUCAGACACUUCUCUGCUCCAGUAUUUACAUGAAAACGGUUUAUUUUGUACCGCAACAGUCCGUCGAAACAGAGUUGAAUUGCCUGCAAUAAUAAAAGAAAAGAAGAAGUUGAAAUUACAGAAAGGCCAAUUCAAAUGGAGAACUAAUAAGGACGUUGCUUUGUUAGUUUGGCAGGAUACAAAAAGAAGUGUUAGUAUUGAGCACAGCAUUUCACCCUAA